AUGAGAGUGAAGCAUCUCGGUCUCCUUCCAAAUCUCCUUUCCUUUCCCCUUCUCCCACCCCGGCCCCCGCCCCCACGCCCACGCCCACGGCCCGCACCGACCCCUACUCCUACAUCGACACCGACCCCUGCCGGUGGGCCAACAACGGACGAUAGUGAUAGUGAUCUCCCUAUGUCUUUUUCGGAACUUUUUGAACUUGCAUUGCCAGAAAUCGGUGUACAAAGGAAAGUUGACGCAUCCGCGACUGAAGGGUCUAAAGUUGCUAGCAAACAACUACAAGCAGUUGAACAUAAAAUUAGUGAGUUCAAAGCCGUCCUCAAGAAACGAUUAGCAGACCCAAAAACAUCUGAACCGAUACGGGAGUGCCUUAGUCAAUGCCAAGAGAAUUUUGAGGAUGCCAUUGAUGGUGUCAAAUCAAGCAUUGAAAGUAUCGACAAAAAGAACAUUCCUAAGGCGAAUAUCGAUGUCAGCGCGGUCUCGACCGACGUGGACACGUGUAACGAUUGUUUUAUUGAGAUGAUUGGUGAAGAUAAAGAGAUCAAAGCAUUUGAUGAUUGGGUUCGAGGGGUCACAGGAGAUUGCCUAGUCAAUCUCCAAAAGCAUUGA